UGAAGUAGCUCGCGCUUACCUUCUUCUCUUGCUGGCUGCAGGUGUAUAUCUCCCGUAUAGCUGUCUGUGGCCGGACGUAAUUCCUCAAAGUGCAAAGUUGUCUGGGAACCAGGUUUUGCGGUUAUCGACGCGCACAACAUGUCGGGCAGCGACGUGAGAUCCGCUGCCGACAAACGCAAGGCAUCAGCCAAGAUGCUUGUGGCGAUGUUUCCACGGAUUCCCAAGACAGCGACCGUGUUGUUGGAGUUCUUCAUAAAGCGAGAGAGCAAGGUCUCUCUCAAUCGAGAUCCGCUGUCUCACUUCUGCCAAGAGGAAGUUGUACUGCACGCCCAGGAAUGUCUGUUGAAGCUCAACAAGCAGGUCAUCAGCUACCAGGACAUCCGCGACAUGGUCGAGAACCUGGUCGGCCUGCAUACUAUGUGCAUCCAGAAGAACCCUGAAGUGGCUAAGGCAUUGGGCCAGACGGUACGCAAGCUAACCAUCAUCCUCGGAGAAGUGGCAACGUGUCUGGAGAAAAUCGCCGAGGUAUCCGUGACGGACUGGAUGGCGGUGGGCGACGCGCUCGUCGAUAAACUUGACAAGAUGAAAUUCCCCAAACAGCCUCCUUUCUCUACGUUCAUCCCGAGGAUGCGGGACAUCAAGAGCGUCAAAAUGAUUGGGGCCGGUGGCUUCGGAGCUGUCUACCUGGCGAACUACAAACCUGCCAACUUCAUUGCCACGGUAAAGCUCGUUGCCAUCGACAGCUUUAGCAAACAGAAGCAGGCGGCUAUGGACAAAGUAGUGGCCUCUGUCAUCCGAAACCCCUUCUUGGUCAAGUAUUACUGCAGCUUCGCUGUCAAGGAAGCGUACGUCACUAUAAUGGAGUACGUGGCUGGCAUCGACCUAAUGCGCGUAGUGACCAAAGAACAAUACCUGGAGAUCGACGCCGUACAAGUCAUAAUGGCGCAGCUAAUUCUCGCCCUCGAACACCUUCACCUGAGAGGCUUCCUUCACAGAGACAUCAAAGUGUCCAACAUGCUGAUCCUUCCCAACGGACGCGUUAAGGUUAUCGACUUUGACACCACCAAAGUCUGCUGCGGUCACUUUUCAAAGCGUGUGUUACGUGGUUACUUCCGAAGAACAUCAUUUGAGUUCAACGACGGCGAAUCAGCUGGGACUGUUCCGUACAUGGCACCGGAGAUUCUUAAAAGAAGGCCAUACGGACGUGCGGUGGACUGGUGGUCAUCUGGCAUCGUCAUGUACAAGCUGUUAACGGGACGGGUUCCGUUCCGCGGCAAGACGAAGCAGGUAUUGCGGGAACGCAUCAUCUCUUCCCCUCUGAAGUGGCCAAGAGUGGAGGAUUUCCCGCACUCUGCGACGCCGAGCUCCAAGGACAUGACGUACCGCAUGCUGAAGAAGAACCCCUUGGAACGACUCGGCUCCAGGUCUUACAACGACUUAAAGACCCACCCGUUCUUUGAGGACUUCAACUGGAAAGAUCUGUACAAGAAGAAACAGCUGUGUAGCAUCCCUGCCGUGAAGGAAAUGUUGAACAACGAGUAUUGCGCCAGCCCAAAAUCGGAGACUGGCAAGAAGAGGCAUCUGCGAAUUGAAGACAUGACGGAUGUCAGUGUAGAAAGCCAGAAGCCCCUCAUGUGCUACGCGUCACCAUCCUUCAGAAAGCUCAUGACCAUGGUGAACCAAAGCAAGACGCAAGUGAAAGUGAGCGAGUCUUUUAUGGAGACGAGCGGGAUGCUGUCAUCGGGCAUCGACUACUAUGGAAGUCGAACAUCGGGCAAUGCUUCAUUCUCAAUCUCCAGAACUGCGAUGCACAGUCCAGACAGCAAGGACAGCCAGAACCAAGCUGUGGAGAAAGUCGACCUCAUUGUCUUCCGAAAGAAGAAGUUCCACAAGUUUUGGGGAUUUGGGAUGUCGUUUCGAGCGGUCGAAGGAGAAGACGGUAACCGCUACGUUUAUGUCGAUAACGUCCGCAAAGACAGUCCAGCGGACCGCUCCCAAGUACUACCCCUCGACGUUAUCCUGUCCGUGAACGGCACUACCGUGUCCGACGUCCCUGUCGCUCAAGUGAACAAGCUGGUCAACGGCUCCGAAGACCAGUUGGUGCUGUCCGUUAUGUCCUCAAGUUCCUAUCGCCUGUUGACCACGCGGCGGGACAUGGUCUCUUUUAUGAAAUCUAUCGUCAAGGAGAACCUUCUGGUAUGUGCGAAUCCUGUCCUGUGCGGAUUGAAUCGACCCUUUGGCCUCUCCCUGCUCGAAGCCAAUACGUGGGAUGACAGGGGAAAACAAUUCAUCAAAGUCUACGUACUCUCGCAAGCUGAUGUGGCUCCUGCCAACCGACGACCUCUCUUCCCUGGCGACGUGCUGACGCACAUCGACGGCGUAGCGAUAACAAACACGGCCAAGAAAGAAGUGAUGCGAAUGCUGUCCAACAACAAGAAAGACGUGACACUCUCCGUUGUUCCGCUCUCACCGUUCCGCAUGAAGCGGAUCCAGAUCAGCAAGCUGCACGAGACGGCCAUUUCGGACUUCAACAUGGUCACCAAGUCAACAGCGGCCGAGAUUGAACCGGAUUCAGACUAAUUUCAUCUAUAUUUGAUUCCUCCCCCGCGCGCACGAAAUGGUUAUAAUGUUUCGAUUUCUUACAAUCAAUAGUGGCGUGCUAUAUACGGCACCCGAUAUUUCGAUGACAACGUGAUGAUACGAAA